CAACAGAUGAGUUACUUAUAUUAGAUAUUGCAAAUGAAGCAGAAUAUAAAUGGGUAACCACGAUAGAUAAACCUGUACCUAAUUCUAAUUCGACUAAUUCGACUAAUCCGAUCGUCCCAAAUCCCAAGCCAGGUCGUGUUAAAGUUGUUCUUUUAAUUGGUAUUGGUUUAGUUAGUCUCGGAUUAAUUUCUGGUGGUAUAUUCUACUUUUGGUAUAUAAAUAAACGUAGGAAUAAUCAAAAUGGUGGUAAUAAUGAUAAUGUUCAAAAUCAUGACCGAGUUUUAGAAAUUCCUAGUGAUGCUAUGACUAGAAAAUAA